CUAUGCAGGGUCUGGGGACUGCCGCGAUUCUCACUCUGUUCUUGGUCGUUGCAUCUUCGCUCUUCGUACAGUCCAGCAGCGUGCCACAGGCUCAGUUUUGGAAGCGUAACUGGACACCUCAAGCAAUGCUGUAUCUAAAAGGCGCACAGGGGUUGCGGUUCAUAGCGGAAGAUGAAAGAGAACACGAUCCCACUGAAAACAUAGAUAUCGAAAGCAGAAGCCGAUUGAGCAGACCAAUAACCCUAUUACAAGCAAUAGCCAUAUUACUGGCUGCAAUUAGACGGGUGCAAGCCUCCUACACCGAUUGCAAACGUUCCACAAUUUCACUGCACACAGAGUGAAAAAGGAGCAUGUGAUUCACACAAGAAAUCAGCUAAAUUGAUCAAAAUCCCAGCAUAGCAGAACAUGGUAUUAUGGUGAUGGCAAGUCAGGCCAUUAAAUAGAAGGAACACAAGGGCAAGCAGUCAUGUGUUAAAG